AUACUGAUAACUUGAGAGAUAGAGAGAGAGAUAGAAAGAGAGAAAAGGAAGAAAGAGAAAGAAAAAGAAGUAGAGAGAGAGAGCGAGAGACAAAAAAUGGUGGAUUGAAUUGUUUCAGAAUUUUCUGUUCUGUCUCUCUCUUCUCUCUUUACAGAUAUAUAUAUAUAUAUACACGCAGAUAGAUGUAUAUAUAUUUAUAGAUGAUAUAUCGUCAGUUUAGAAACAACCAAGAUCAAGUUGUGUUCCGUUCCAUCCGUUGUCAAUUAUAUAUCUUUAAAUCCAUGUGCUUCAAGUCCAGCUGAUUGUCAUUCAAUCGAUACAACAAACUCCUCAACUUCAGAUUGCUGUGGAAGGAAAAAGAAACAAGACAGCAGAGAGAAAAAAAUAACAACACAUUUCGUUGCUGUCUCCCUUUUCUCUCUCUUUCUAUAUACAUAUUACAUUCUGUCUUUCUGGAUUUAUCACAAGUUUUUAUUUAUUUAUUUUUACCGGGACUACAAAAUCGAUAAUUAACCUUUUACAGCAACCCUCCUCCUCUUUAUAAUUAAUUGUAUGUGCGUGCUUGUGUCUGUGUGUAUGUUACAACAACACCCGCAAUAAGAAAAUUUCAUUAUAUGAUAAGAGGUAGCUGUUGUAUGUAAUGUAGUGCUUGGAGGUUUCACUAUUCUCAUUUACAUACAUGUAUAUGAUUCUGAUUUACACUAUUAAUAAUAAUAGUUUAUCGAUCUGUAAGUGUCGGGGAAUACCGACACAACCUUUUUACCUACGCACACACUCCUAGUUAUACUUAGGCAUAUUUACACACACUUACACCCAUAAAUAUACAUAACUAUAAAUAUACCUUUGGCAUCUAGUGCUCACACAAUCUUAGACACACAUACCACAUAUUUAUACACACAUAUAUAUUCAUAAACAUUAUACAGCUAAACACAUUUGUAAAACAACCUGUGGCGACACCAAAUACAUUUUGGGUUGGGUCUUCCUUUUUCUCACACAAUGGUGUGUAUAACAAUAUAAUGUAAACGCACAUAAGGAUAUAUAUAUAUUAUAUACCGCAACCCUUUAUGUCAACGUUUAUAAGGACAAGCCAACAUACAUCCGAGGAGGUUAAUUUAAUUAAUAAGUCAGGUUAAUUAAUUGAUAAACGCUAAAUCAAAGGAGUAGUGGAAGAGGAAGAAGUGGAAUAAAUAAAGGUUUGUAAAACAUUCGCCAAAAUGACUUCUACAGCCAACUCAGGACGAAGAAGAAUAACAACGAAAGCCUAUACGGCCGAGGAUCAAGCUUUGGAUCAGAUUGCACGAGAGGCUGAGGCUAAAUUGGCUGCCAAGAGAGCGUCAAGAAGUGAAGCCAGGGAAAUCCGAAUGAAGGAACUUGAAAAACAGCAGAGAGAGAAUGAAGAGAAACAAGAUCGGCUAUACGAACUGUCUAAUGAUAUACCAAAGAACACCAUGAGACAUGCAAACAGCCGACGGGGAAGCGACGAUUCAUCGGAGGAGGGAACACGUGAAAUAAAGUCACAGCUGAAUGAAUUAGAAGAUAAGUACAAAAAAGCUAUGGUGGGUUCAGCCCAACUCCAUAAUGAGAAGCAGGCCCUUGUUUAUGAAGUUGAUCUCCUUAAGGAUCAGGUGGAAGAACAGGAGGAAGAAGUCAUUGAAUAUCAACGUCAGUUUAAGGAUAAAUGUAAAGAACUUGAGUCCAAAAAACGGUCAUAUCAAGAUUUAGAAAAUGAAUGUAAAACUGCCAAAUACCAACUUGAAGAAAGAGAUAAGGUUAUUCGCGAAAAUGGUCUGGCUAUUGUCAUCUCAGAGGAAGGUGUUUGGUCUUUGGUAAAGAUGUCAUCACCAAACGGCCCACUAUCAGCUGGAAUUCCAUCAUUGGACAUCGACUCCAAAUUGUCACAUGAUGUGGACUCGUCGUUAGAUUCUGUGGUCUAUGACAGUGCACUCUCACUGACCGAGUCUUCUCAUGACCUCAACAGUGAUGACAGAAUGUCAAAAAGUCGAAUGUCAAUUGAUUCCAGUGCUGGUUACACUGCUAAACCCUAUGGAUCUACUCGUGAUCUUUCUUCCACUGGCCGAAGAAACAGCCUUGUCUCUAAUGGUCAGCGUUCUAUUUUCUCUCGUGACUCUUCACCAAAGAGUGGUAUUUUAGACCGUCGUGCUAGUCAGCGGUCAAUUUACUCACCUGAACCACUGUCCAGGGGUCAAGCUUUUCGCUCAAGGGAAACAUCUAUUGACCCACGAUCAGGGGAAAAUGCUGCUAUUUUGGAAGAGAACAAAUUAUUAAAAGAAGAGGUUAAGAAGUUGACUCAAAACCUAGAAGAAGAACGUUCAAAGAAAAAUGUUGACAAUCACCAAAUGAUAGAAGCAAACGGUCCAGAAAUGCAACUCUAUGAAAUACAAAGAGAAGCUAGCAAACAGAUUCAUGAAUACAAACUAAAACUACAGAAAGCCGAACAGGACAUUGCUACAUUGGAGGGAUCAGUAAACAGACUUGACUCUCAGGUGAGACGAUAUAAAAGUGAUGCAGAGGAUUCUGAAAAGUUGGAAGAUGAACUGAAGCAGGAAAAGAGGAAACUAGUACGCGAGUUGCGAGAAGCCCAAAGUCAGAUUGAAGAACUACAGUAUUUGAUUGGUACUUUAUUUGGACAGGUUGCCCUCAUCAGGAUUUCAACUCAGAAUUUCUAUGGUCAAGUAAUCCUGCAGUGGAAACAGCCGAAACGUAAUCUCUACCAUUUCCCAAGUGAUGAGCAAGAAGUCUACCCUUACGCAGACAAUGAUAGUGAUUUGGACAAUCAAACUGAUAAAAGGGGAUGA